AGACAACGAAAAAAGAGUCUGUGAAAAGUCUGUGUGACCCAAGAUGCUGCUAACCCAACGCGGGGUAUAGGAGAGAGAGGGCUGGAGUAAACGACAGUAACGAGAGAAGGGUAGUAGUUGAAAAUUGAAAUGUUGAAUAAGCAUUGAUCACAACUUGAAUUAGGAUAUCUGUGUAUAGAAAAAGAAUCGAAUCAAAGAAAAGAUGCAUCUGAGCGAGAAUGAGGGGAUAGAAGGGAAGAGCUUUGUGGUGACCGGAGGUGUUGGUUUCGUGGGAUCAGCGCUGUGUAUUGAGCUUAUAAGGAGAGGUGCUGCUCGUGUUACGGCUUUUGACCUGGUUUCCGACUCUUCUUCUUCUCGCCGCCUUAUCCAAAAUGGCGUCAAAUGUAUUCAAGGGGAUAUCACCCAAAAAAAGGAUGUUGACAGAGCAUUGCGUGGGGCAGACUGUGUGUUCCACCUUGCUUCAUUUGGCAUGUCUGGGAAAGAAAUGCUGCAAUAUGGUCGCGUUGAUGAGGUCAAUAUUAAUGGUACUUGUCAUGUUCUCGAUGCUUGCAUCCAACAUGGGAUUAAUAGACUUUUAUAUGUGAGCACAUAUAAUGUAGUGUUUGGGGGAAAGGAGAUUGUUAAUGGUAAUGAAACUUUACCAUAUUUCCCUAUGGAAGAUCAUGUUGAUCCAUAUGGCCGUAGCAAAGCUAUUGCAGAGCAGUUAAUUCUGAAAAGUAAUGGGCGUCCAUUUAAAGAAAAAAAGGGGAAAUGCCUGUACACCUGUGCAAUUCGUCCAGCUGCUAUAUAUGGUCCAGGUGAACAGAGACAUUUGCCUAGGAUUGUAAAUCUCGCCAAGCUAGGCCUACUACCAUUUAAAAUUGGUGAAGCGAACGUGAAAUCAGAUUGGGUGUAUGUGGAUAACCUGGUACUGGCUCUAAUAAUGGCGAGCAUGGGACUUUUAGAUGAUAUUCCAGGGAGAGGAAGUCAGCCAGUUGCUGCUGGUCAACCAUAUUUUAUAUCAGAUGGAGCACCUGUAAAUACUUUUGUAUUUCUUCGCCCAUUGCUCCAGAGCUUGGAAUAUGACAUGCCAACUGCAUCGCUAGCGGUUCCUCACGCACUUCUGUUGGGAAAGUUUUUUUGGGCUUUGUACACUAUCAUGUAUCCAUGGUUAAAUAAAUGGUGGCUUCCUGAACCAUUGAUGCUACCCACUGAAGUCCACAAGGUUGGUGUUACCCAUUACUUCUCUUUGUUAAAAGCGAGACAGGAAUUGGGUUAUAUCCCCCUCGUGAAUCCUCAGGAGGGUAUGGCUGAGACCAUCUCAUACUGGCAGGACAAGAAACUAAAAAGUCUGGAUGGGCCUACUUUAAUCACUUGGAUUUUAGUACUGGGUGGCAUGCUGGCCGUGUUUGCUGCAGCUUACUUGCCAGAUAUAGGUCCUGUGCCGCUAAUCAGGGCUAUAGCUCUUUUUGUUUUCCGUUCUCUGUGGGGUAUAAGGGUGGUUUUCUUUCUGGCCUCAGCAGCUCAUAUUGGUGAAGGUGUUUAUGCUUAUCAAUUAGCAAAAAGAGUAGAUCCAGCAAAUUCACGGGGUUGGUUCUUGCAGACUACAGCUCUUGGAAUGUUUUCUCUGCGUUUUCUGCUGAAGAGAGCUAAGAAGUAGGAUAUCUUGCGAAUGUGUAUUUUACACUUCUGUGUUUUCUUAGACGCUAGCCAUGUCAUAUAUCAGGAACCAGAGUGUGGUCUUAUCUUUCUGCCUGAGCGUGCAUGUACUGCAGUCUUAUUUUGUAUUAGGUCCCGGUUUCCAUGUUUAAGUUGAGAUGUCUUACUAAUGGAGAUGGCUCUCUCAAGACCAAUGGAACAUAAGGUAAAAACCCGGUAUGUGAGUGUAUUAAAAAAAUGUUAAAAGAUGCUUUGUUGUUGGGAAAAGUGGGGGUGAAAAAGGAUGUUGUUGUGGAAAUUAUAUAAUUAUUUGAUAAUUUUUAUUUUGAUGUU